AUGGAGGAGAACCAGGACCAGGACUCACUGUCUGCUACCACCGAUAAACAGAAACAAACGGGAAGAAAGGAAAUCAAAUAUCACUGCUUUCUGCACUCUGACGAAGCCAUCACCACAUCAAGAUAUUUACCAAUUCCUCAGAAAACUCACACUGGAGAGAAGCCGUACAGCUGUGAGCAAUGUGGGAAAACUUUCACUCUUAACAGUUAUCUAAAAAUCCACCAACGCAUUCACAAAGGAGAGAAGCCGUACAGCUGUGAGCAAUGUGGGAAAACUUUCACUCAAGACAGUCAUUUAAAAACACACCAACGCAUUCACACUGGAGAGAAGCCGUACAGCUGUGAGCAAUGUGGGAAAACUUUCACUCAAGACAGUCAUUUAAAAACACACCAACGCAUUCACACUGGAGAGAAGUCUUACAGCUGUGAGCAAUGUGGGAAAACUUUCACUAAAGACAGUAAUUUAAAAACACACCAACGCAUUCACACUGGAGAGAAGCCGUACAGCUGUGAGCAAUGUGGGAAAACUUUCACUCAAGACAGUAAUUUAAAAAGACACCAACGCAUUCACACUGGAGAGAAGCCGUACAGCUGUGAACAAUGUGGGAAAACGUUCACUAACAACAACUCCCUAAAAACACACCAACGCAUUCACACUGGAGAGAAGCCGUACAGCUGUGAGCAAUGUGGGAAAACUUUCACUUGUAACGGUAAUCUAAAAGCACACCAACACAUUCACACUGGAGAGAAGCGUUACUGGUGUGAUCAAUGUGGGAAAACUUUCACUGACAACAACUCCCUAAAAAUCCACCAACGCAUUCACACUGGAGAGAAGCCGUACAGCUGUGAGCAAUGUGGGAAAACUUUCACUCAAGACAGUAAUUUAAAAACACACCAACGCAUUCACACUGGAGAGAAGUCUUACAGCUGUGAGCAGUGUGGGAAAACUUUCACUCUGAACAGUUAUCUAAAAAUCCACCAACGCAUUCACACUGGAGAGAAGCAGUACAGCUGUGAGCAAUGUGGGAAAACUUUCACUCAAGACAGUAAUUUAAAAACACACCAACGCAUUCACACUGGAGAGAAGCCUUACUGGUGUGAGCAAUGUGGGAAAACUUUCACUCACAACAGCUCCCUAAAAACACACCAACGCAUUCACACUGGAGAGAGGCCGUACAGCUGUGAGCAAUGUGGGAAAACUUUCACUCAAGACAACUCCCUAAAAACACACCAAUGCAUUCACACUGGAGAGAGGCCGUACAGCUGUGAGCAAUGUGGGAAAACUUUCACUGACAACAACUCCCUAAAAAGACACCAACGCAUUCACACUGGAGAGAGGCCGUACAGCUGUGAGCAAUGUGGGAAAACUUUCACUCAAGACAGUAAUUUAAAAACACACCAACGCAUUCACACUGGAGAGAGGCCGUACAGCUGUGAGCAAUGUGGGAAAACUUUCACUCAUGGCAAUAAUUUAAAAACACACCAACGCAUUCACACUGGAGAGAGGCCGUACAGCUGUGAGCAAUGUGGAAAAACUUUCACUCAAGACAACUCCCUAAAAACACACCAACGCAUUCACCAUAAUUUAUGAUGCAACAACUGUUUUUUUAUUGUGUUUCAUGUUGUAUCCCAAAUCAGCGAUUAUGCUUUCCAAGU